AUGGUAAGGCUGUCUGAUUCAUUAGUGCAGGCUCUCAAGAGGGGGCGUUUGGGGGACAGUGAUAGGAAGCUACAGCUGUCCCGCCAAGAGGUGGCAGAUCGUGAUAAGACUAUUUCCAAGUUGGAGCUUCACAGCAAACAGCUUGCGAGGGAGAAUGAGAACUUGAAACACAAGGCAGCAAUUGCACUAAGUAUGGCUUCAGCAAAGACCAGUUAUGAAGACUCAUAUGGAUAUAGCGAAAGCCAUCGCUCAGCGGAACCAAAUCAAGGGGAGAUAAUCAAUGGGAGGACUUCAGCUCCGUAUAUGUCCAUGGAAAGAUUAUAUGUGAGCGAACCGGGGGGUCACCGAAGAGUCGAAUCAUCUCCAGAGUCAGAUGUUGACAGUGACAGCGGCCCCUCACCGCUACUGAAGGCUGAGAGGGAACUACGCAGACUUCAGACAGACUCCACCAGCAGUUUCAGGGAAGGCUUUCAGCCUAAACUCCAGAAGAAAUUUUACGGCAGUGAAGUGGCCUAUCCAGGUCGGUACAGAGAGGCUGCCUCCAGCUCAAAGCUUGAUUCGUCACGAUCUAAACCAAAAAAUACCUCGCCAGGAAAGUCAUCAAACUCACCCAAACCCAAAAAUCAGAGUCGGAACAUGUCUCGGUCAGAUACUCAAAUCAAUUCGGUAGGAACUCACAAUGGCAUCCUGUUCCCAAGCCGAACCAAACUGAAACUGCAGCCGAAGGAACAGUCCACUCCAACGAGUUUGACGCGUUAG